AUGGUUGCACACGAUUAUGGAGGAUUGUGGAGUUGUCACUCAAGCGAUGCUUAUUCUACUCCCAUGAAUCCAAUUAAUGGUGGGACAAUAAAAAAGAGUUUGGGACAAGGGAAGAAUAAGAAAACUCAGCCACAACAGAGUUUGGGGAAAGAGAAGAAUAAGAAAACUCAGCCACAAGUUGAAAUCCAGAAUGAAGCUGCACCUGAGGAUAAUAUUGCAGCCCAAGCUGUCUCNCCACAACAGCCACAAGUUGAAAUCCAGAAUGAAGUUGCACCUGAGGAUAAUAUUGCAGCCCAAACUGUCCCAAAUUCUUCCACAAGUGGUCUUCCUUCAUUGGAUGAACGAUUGUCUAUAUAUGCAUCUGUGAUGAUACGAAUGGGAAGAAUGAUGGAGGAAUUUGGAAAUACUCAAAAUGCAUUAAAGGAGUCUCUCAAGGUGAUUGAUAGUAGGUUGGAUAAAAUAGAUAGUAGGUGGGAUAGANUGCUCAAAAUGAAAUAA